UGUUUCUACACCGUUACCGAUCCCAGCUCGUAGACAAUCGUCCCAUUGAACGUAGGGCAUCGCUCUCCGUUAUCGUUCUUUCCGCUGAUCGAUUCCGCGAAUCAGCAGUCUCCGAUGCGGCCAGAACGCGAACGCCCAGCAGCGGAAUUAAUAUCGCGACAGCGUGCCUCAAUCCGUCGUCGGCUCGACCUUUGCCGAGGUAGCCGCUGAUAGAUACUAGAGUGGCGUGUCGAUCGAUCGUCGCGUGCAUACGUCAGAGGCAGCUAAUCAGACAGGUCCGCGUCUGGCAUGCCCCUCUUUAGGGAUUCCGAGCUCGUACAGGCGGUGGUACGUGCUGAUCGAGCGGGAAGUUUCCCUCACGACGAGUCGACACACCAGCCGCUCGCUAGUUUCGUCCCGGCAGUCGAGUGAAACCGGCCCCGACGGCACCAGUCUUCAGUCUUCCCGGUGGUGGGCCGCUGGACCAGCCGGUACAGUCAACAUGGAUCGUCUGAGAGCGUGGAAAACGUUCUGCCUGUGCAUCUCCAUAGUCCUCCCGACUAUCACACCUGCCACGGCAGCUGACACUCAGCCUUUCGUAGUCAGUAACACGUUGGACCAAGGCAACGCGAAGGAUUACUUCAUAGGACCCUGUCUCGUGAACAGUAAUCAGACCUGUCCGGACAGAGAGGUGACGUUCUUCCUGUAUACUCAGAGAAACCCGGAUGCCGCACAGCAAGUGCUAGUAGACGAGACCAGCUCGAACUUGAGGCAGACCAAUUUCGAUCCUACCAAACCGACCAAGAUCGUGGUACACGGGUACGACUCCGACAUGGAGUUGUCGUACCUGGUAGACGUGCGAAAUGAGUACCUAAAGAGCUUCGAUUACAACGUGAUAGCCAUGGAUUGGCAUCGGCUAGCCAUCGCACCGUGCUACCCGAUCGUCGUGCACAACGUGCCACACGUGGGUGACUGUUUGGCCCAGUUGAUCCAGCGGCUCAGGGACGUGGGCACGGAGGAUAUCCACGUGAUCGGGUUUAGCCUUGGUGCUCACGUACCCGCGUUCGCGGCGAACACUCUCAGGCCGUACAAGAUAUCGAGGAUCACGGGUCUAGACCCGGCCAUGCCGUUAUUCGUCACCGGGGACAACGACAAUAAACUGGACGCCAGUGACGCGGACUUCGUGGACGUGUUCCAUACAAACGCGUUCAUCCAGGGCAAGGUGGAGAUGAGUGGACAUGCAGACUUUUACAUGAACGGCGGUAUCAAUCAGCCUGGCUGCUGGGACAGGUGGAAGCCUUUCGAGUGCGAUCACCAUAGAUCUGUGAUGUACUUCGCGGAGUCUAUCAACUCUGACGUGGGAUUCUGGGGUUGGCAGUGUGGCGGGUUCACGCUGUACCUUCUGGGCCUGUGUCCGCCCAGGUAUCCGGCUGUUUUAGCUGGUGAUAAGGUGGACGUGAGAAGAAGAGGCUUCUAUCUGGUGAGGACGAACUCUCACAGCCCAUACGCGUUGGGAAACUUCACCGUGAACCGGUUGGACAUGUACACGUAAGCGUGGCGAAGCUCGCGUCGGCGUCGCGAGAUGUUGCUGACACGAUAAAGCGAAUAUAGGACCAGGACUCUGCGUAUGCGAUCCUGUUACCCGAUUGCGAAAGUGAAACAGGACACACGCGUGGGACCGAGGUGGCUGCUGCUGCCGGAAGAGGGUACCAGUAUUCCUCCGGCGAAUUGACCCCAGUGAGCGUGAGAGUUGGCAGAAAAACGCCCUCCAUGUCAAGGUCAGGGUAUCCCGAGCACCUGCUGCUGUCUCUCUGUUAAUCGAUAGUGUGUUCGACGUACGGAAAGAAGUGGAGGGGGUCUAACCGGCUAUAUACCCGUUUAGAAGCCGAUUCCUUAUCGAUUUCACGCGCGUAAAGGAGAUAAGCGAUGUUAUCCACUCGUGCAACUCGAGUCCCGAGUAGAACUGGAUUAUUUCAACGUUUAUUCCAUCCGAAUCGACCUGAUCUUUG